AGCCUACUUCUUUCUGUGGUUUUCGUCUCCAUAGAUACACUUCCUGUGGCAAAGAAAAGAGGUAGUGAGCGCCGUUUCAGGAUGUGAGGGAUUCGGAGCAGCCGCCCCGCGCCCGCCGCGCUCCCCCUCUCGGCUGUGCCAGCUCCCCUUCCAGGGACCCAUGGUCUCUGCCCUCAUCGGCGGGGCCCCGCGACAGGAGGGAUGCCGGGAAAAGCCAAGCACCUGGGCGUCCCCAACGGGCGCAUGGUCCUGGCUGUCUCUGAUGGAGAGUUGAGCAAUGUGGCGGGGCCAGAGGGAGCCGGGGAGGGCCGGGGAAGUACCCUCAGUGUUCACAGCCUGCCCAGUGGCCCCAGCAGUCCCUUCACUUCUGAGGAACAGCCUGUGGCCAGCUGGGCACUGUCUUUUGAGAGGCUGCUUCAGGAUCCAUUGGGUCUUGCCUACUUUACGGAGUUCUUGAAGAAGGAAUUCAGUGCAGAAAAUCUCUCCUUUUGGAAAGCUUGUGAGCAAUUCCAGCAGAUUCCAGCCAGUAACACCCAACAGUUGGCGCAGGAAGCUCGGUGCAUCUAUGAGGAGUUCCUGUCCAGUCAGGCUCUGAGCCCUGUGAAUAUUGACCGGCAGGCCUGGCUUGGGGAGGAGGUGCUGGCCACCCCCAACCCUGACAUGUUCCGGGUCCAACAGCUGCAGAUCUUCAACCUGAUGAAGUUUGACAGCUAUGCCCGCUUUGUCAAGUCCCCCAUGUACCGGGAGUGUCUCUUGGCAGAAGCAGAAGGGAGACCCCUUUGUGAGCCAGGCACCUCGGACCCUGGCAGCCCUAACACCACGUUCCGGAAGAAGCCAAAGCUAAAGCCUGGAAAGUCAUUGCCCUUGGGAGUGGAGGAUCUGGGCCAGCUGCCGAAUACUGAGGCUUUUGGGGGCCGGGGGCCCAGGAAGUCCUUCCGAAGAGAGUUAGGUACCACCAAUGGGAACCCAGCCCUUCGUCGAGAGUCCCAGGGCUCUCUCAACAGUUCCGCCAGCCUUGAUCUCGGUUUCCUUGCAUUUGUCAGUAGCAAAUCUGAGACUCAGAGUCACCGGAAGAGCUUGGGAGGCCCUGAGGGUGAAGGGGAGAGUCGGGUUGGCCGUUACUGCUGCGUGUAUCUGCCAGAUGGCACAGCGUCCCUGGCCCUGGUGCGCCCUGGCUUAACCAUCCGCUCCAUGCUGGCCAGCAUCUGUGAGAAACGAGGCCUGUCCCUGCCCGACAUCAAGGUUUACCUGGUGGGCAACGAACAGAAGGCCUUGGUCCUAGAUCAGGACUGCACGGUGUUGGCUGACCAGGAAGUGAAGCUGGAGAACAGGAUCAGCUUUGAGCUAGAGAUCAUACCUCUGGGCAAAGUGGUCAGAAUCACAAGCAAAUCUUCCAAGCGCCUGAAAGAAGCCCUGUUCCCCAUCCUGGGAAAACACGGCCUGAGCCUGCAGCAGAUAUCAGUACAUCUGUCAGGUGAGAAGCGGACUCUAGAUCUGGAGAAGCUUGUGAGCUCUGUAUCCGCCCAGAGACUCGUCUUGGACACUCUUCCAGGCGUGAAGAUCACAAGAACUGAGUCUACCUCUCCUAGUCAAAGCCAGGGCGGCCCUCUCCAGACUGAGGGAAAGACGUCCCAGCCUUCCUCCCUGCUCACUAACUCGCUGGCCCAGGGGCCCCGGAGCACUGGGAAGCGUCACACGUGCGACAUCGAAGGUUUAGUGGAGCUGCUUAAUAGGGUCCAGAGCAGCAGAGCUGAUGACCAACGGGGGCUUCUCCGCAAAGAGGACCUGGUGCUCCCAGACUUCCUGCAGCUGCCAGCCCAACAGCCAAGCCUGCCUGAGGAGCAACCCCAUGGGGAGGCUUCACAAAGCCCCCCAAUACAGACUGAGCCCCCUCCUCCUGCCCAGGGGGACCCAGCAGAGUCCUCAGCCUCUCCUGCCCUCUGACCCCUAGCCAGCCUUCACUCUCCUUCCCCAGGCAGGGCCUGGGCUGCUUCUUUCCACCUUUGCUACUGCAUGGGGCCAGGCCCAGGGCUGUGCCCCUGGCUGGCUGUGCAUGCCAUCGUGGGCACGCUGUCUGGGGCACAGCAUGAGCUCCCGCAUCUGUGUGCGCAUGCAUCCCGUGUGUAUGAUGCCCCAUCUUCACCAGCCUCCAAGAGACAAGAUAGGACAAACUAGAACCAGGGAGCCAUCAAAGUCUCCCACUUCCUCACCUAUUUGCACACUUAUCUUCCCUCCCAGGUCAUCCUUUUGACUUAGGAUAGGCACUGGCUGAUACCUGGAACAAUAAUACCUAUUUAGUUAUUUGGUUGGGAGGGAGGGUCCACGGAGAGGUACAGGAAGUUGUGCACCCUCCAUUCUGCCCCCACCACCUCUCUCCUUCCCAGCAGGCUGGCCUGGAGGAGUGGGUUGUCAGCACAGACUUGCCCCUCAACCCAGGGGACUUUGAGGGGCUGGGGUGGAAGUCCACCGCCCUACUUAUAUAUACUGUAAAUAUGUAGUUUGUGAUUGCUUCCGGCAGGUAGGUGUGGACCUAGAUAUAAAAUAUUGCUAUUAUAAUAAUUAUUCUUCUUCUGCCGUGGUGUGUGGUGUUGUGUUUCUGACACGGGACCUCCAUCCUUGUUGAAUAGUAGGCCCCUAUAUGAUGGGGGAAGUGGGGAGCUCUCAAAAAUGUUUCAGGAUAAUGGUGCAGUCUCGUGGGCAGCUAGGUGGCCAUAGAGAGCAUAGAGGGUUGGGACUGGCGUCAGGACAACUCCUCUUCCUGACUUCCCAUCCUGCCUCAGACUCUUCCUAGCGCUGUGACCAUGGGCAAGUCACUUCACUCUGCUUGCUUAGUUUUCUCAUCUGUAAAAUGAGCUGGAGAAGGAAAUGGCAAACCAGGCCAGUGUCUUUGCCAAGAAAACUCCAAAUGGGAUUAUGAAGAGUCGGACAUGACUGAAACAGUUCUACAAAAAUAUCAUAGAGCACACGAUGCUUAGGGAAGAAGCACAGAAUUCCAGCUGCUUGCCUUCCCACGAAGCUCAUGCCACGCGGCUGAAGCUUACCUGCAUCUGAUCUUUGCUUCACAAACAAAACGAUCCCUGAAGACGACAAGGUUGUGGUCAGUCUGAUUGUCGGCUGGCAACUGACCGCUUGCCUUCUUUCUUAACCACCUCCACUAGCAUGGCCUUCCCACACCGCACUGUUGUGAUGGGAGCGAUGCGGCACGUUCCCAUGUAUUUCACCUACUCCCUUUUUCUACGCAGAGUUCUAGGGCUAACAUCUCAGGCCUCUUCACAGCAACUUGAUUUAGCGGCAGAACCGGCCCCAACCCAUUUACUCCUGAACUUAGAUCACUGGCAUUUGAACCAGGAAGUAUUACUGCCAAGUACCGAGAUGUGACUGACGUUUCUGUGCAAAAUAUGUCAUUCUGAUAGCUCAGAAUGCGACCCUUUCUCUAUGUCGGGCAUAACUCAAAUUGUGACAUUGACUUGACUAUCCUGUGUGUGAAUCUUCAUGACCUUUAUGUGUAUAAUUAGUUCCUUAAUUCAUUAAUUGAAUUUUUCUUAACUUAUUGUAAGUAAGGCUUAGUAUUGAGGAAAACCAGAUGUUGCAAUGUUCUUAUGGAAACAUAAUCAAAGGAAAAUGGCAUCAACACACAUAGCUGAAACAUGGGAAGUUUGCUGGCAGAAGAGAUCAUUUCCACCAAAGGGACACAAGGGAGGACUUCCUGGAGGUGGGAGCAGAUCUGUGACUUAAUGGAUGGAGAGGAUUUAGACAGAUGGAGAUGGGAGGAGGUUAUUGCAGGUGGAAGGAACAGCAGAAACAUAAGCAAGUAGUGGGAGGCAGAGUGAUAUCCUGGAAAGAGAAAUGGAUCUAGAAACACAGGACCUGGAUUCAAAUUCUGACUAUAUGACUUGGGGCAUGCCUUUGACUCUGAGUUUCAGUUUUCUUAACUGUAAUAUAAGGAAAAUGAAUUAGGUGAUCUCUAAAAUGCCUUUCAGCCCUAAAUUCUAUGAUUACUCAUGUAACUUUUAGAGUUGUAACUCUUGUAUCUUGUAGUUCUUUCCUUCAGCUCAGAGUGGGAGAGACUCUGCUCUGUUUGGGGAGGUACUAAUGCUGGCAGGGUAUGUCUCCAAGCUGGCCAAUUUGACAGUUAGGUUUUGGGUUUCCAGAGAUACCUCUCCUCCCCUCCCCAACCCACGCAUGUCAUACUCCACAGCAAGAAAAGGUAAUUACUUGUCAGGCUCCAGUCCUGGAAAGGGACACACAGCUCUCAAAACAGGGUUAAGUAGAUCCUCCUCCUUUCUUAACCCUAAUCCCAAACUUUGUUUUCUGUUCUAGAAUUCAGCUUGGAAGAGUCUUGUUUUUCUCUACUGCCUAGACAGAGGUGGCUUACAAUGGGGGCCCUUCCUUAGAAUCAGAGGAUCUGAGAGUUGGAAAGAGACCCAGAAGUCACCUGGUCCAACCUGAGCAAAAUGAUUACAUCAUCCCUGACUAAUCACCUAGUUUUGCUUGAAGACCUUUUGUGCCAGGGAACUUACUACCUUCUGAAACAACCAGUUCUAAUCUUGGACAGCUCUAGUAGUUAACACUUUUUCCUUACAUUAAAUCUAAAUCUGUGUCUUUUCAACUUCCACCCACUGUUCUUGAUUUCUUCCCUCUGGGGCCUUAGCAGAACAGAUUUAAUCCUCCGUCUACAUGUCAGUCCUUCAAAUAUUAGAACGUACCUAUGAUAUCCCCCUAAGUUAAAUCUUUUUUUCUUCAGGCUAAGCAUCCCUAUUUCUUUCGAUUGAUCCUUCUAUAAUAUAUUGUCCAAUUAACUCUUUACUUUGUCCAUAUAUUUUCUAGAAUGUGAUAUUCAAAAUUGAAUACUCCAGGUGUGAUCGGGUCAAGACAGAAAAUCAAGAUCUUGACCAGUCUAUAUACCUUGAUUCUUUUCAAUUCAAUUCAGUCCAAUUCUGUUCUAUAUCUAAUACCUGUAUAGCACUUAGCACACUUCCUGGCAUAUAGUGGGUGCUUAAUAAAUACUUGUUUCCUUCCUCCUUUCAUUUUAUUUUCUUAUCAGUGCUGCUGCUUUUGACUCAAUGGGUUUAUAAUCUACUCAAAUCCAUAAAUUUUUUCAUAACUAUUUCUAUAACUUGUGUCCCUGAUCCUGUAUUUGUAUAAUUGAUUUUUUGAGCUAAUAUGACUUCAUAUAAUAUGUAUGAAAUUUAAUCUUAUUGAAUUGACAUAUAAUUCCAGUCUGUCAAUAUAUUUUUGAAUCACAAUUUUAUCAACCAAUGUGUUCACUACUUAUUCUUUCCUGCCUGAUGUCACUGGAAAAUCUGAUAAACAUGGCAUUUAUUCUUUCAUCUAAGUCACAGCUAAAAAACCAUCCUUUGAUAGCAAGAAAUCUUACAAAUCUGGUUUCAUCAUACUUAAUAUGUCCUAAAAUUUGGCCAAGAAAAGAUGUAACAUCAUAACUACAAGUUUUCAUUAUCCUGGGAUGUGGUUCUUCUGGGACUAGUAAAUUGACCUUGUUGAGAGCAAUUAGCUCUCUAAGCAUUCAUUCAUUUAUCUUGAUUCAAUACCCUACAAAUAAUAUUUUCUAUAAUUCUGUGCCAAUCUGUUGUAGGUACCUUGGGAGGACUUAAAAAAGGAGAAAUUUUGACAAUGAUGUUUCAAGUAAUAGUUUUUUUUUAAUUUGGCAAGUUUUAAUUCAUACAAGAAAAGGUGCUUCACUUUAGACAACCAUGUGAAGGCUAUAAGGAUGAGAACAAGGUGUCCCAAAGUCUUAGCUAUUUUUUCUUACAAGUCUAUUUAUUUUAUUCAUAAUCCAUUUUAAGUGUUUUUAAAAUUUGAAUUCUAAAUUUUCUCCCUCCCAUCCCUUUCCCAUUCAUUGAAAAGGUAAGCAAUACAUAUGAAUAUAUGAAAAGUCAUGAAGAACAAGUUUCCACAAUUUGGAAGGAGAAGGAGGAUACAACAUCAGGAAAGAAGGAAAAGAAGAAAGAAAAGAGGAGGAGGAAGAUUCUUUUUCAUGAGUUCAAAUCUGGCCUCAGACACUUCCUGACUGUGUGAUCCUGGGGAAGCCAUUUAACUACAUUUAAGGAAACCCCACUUUUCUCAUCUGUAAAAUGAACUGGAGAAGAUAAUGGCAAACUAUUCCAGUAUUUUUGCCAAGAAAACUUUAAAUAGGGUUGUGACAAGAUGGACACAAAACAACUGAACAAUAAUAACAUUUGUGUAUAGUUGAAGUUCUCUAUCACUACUGAGGCCUGCUUCUGUACCAACUUUGUGAUCUACUUCUGGAAUGCAUUAUUCAUAUCCUCCUCCUGGCCGGUUAGUCUGUAAUAUUGAUCUACUAUAAUAUUGCUUCUAUUUCUUCCUCCAUUAAUCCUCACCCCAGUACUUGCUACAAUUUUGCCUUUUCUUUUAUACUCCAGUUUUCUAGAUUUUCAAACAGGAGUAUAAUGAAUGUGCAUGGUACACUCAAUAGGAUAGAUCACAUAGCAGUAAAAAAAAAAAAAAAUCAGAUUUCUUGAGCCUUUCCAUUGUAAGAUGUUUUUUAGUCCCAGGCAAAGUUGACUCCUGUUGAGGGAUACCUCAUUUGUCCCCUGAAAGAGGCUCUACUCUACUCCAGCCCUUAAUUUUCCCCUUCUAUUUCAGAUCCUUAAUACAUUCACACUAAUCAACUCCAUAUCAGGGGCCUGUCCUUGUUCUUGGCCUCUGAAAGAGAAAGGAAAUAUCUUAUUUCCAUGCUAACGCCUCAUUCAGUUACAGUUGCCCUAGUUAGGUUAUAGUUUCAGAGAUUUCUUGGGACUUCCUAUAUUGGUGACUAAAGAAAAAGUUUCACCCCAGAUAUUCUGGCUCAGGCUAUGAGAUGAGAAUAUUGUCAAAAACGUAAUGGCAACAUGCAGAGGUUUGGUGGCUGGUGAUAAUCUCAUAACUGAUGGAACCAGAUAGUUAUGAGGAGAAAGGUCAAGGUGUGUGGCCAGGGAUGCUGAUUCCAGCACUAAAGUGGCACAAAGAAAGUUAUGGUGACUGAAGCAAAUCAAUAAAAGCCCCAAACACAAUCAAAUCCGGGAUGGAUGGCAGGAGUCACAGUCCAGGGCUCAAGAAUCAAGAGUGGAUCCUGGGGAAAGCAACAGGGCAUUGACUUAGGAUUCCCAUUUAUUGCACUAGCUAAUAUUCAGGUGAAAGCAAAUGUAUUUUUCCAAAAAAAAUAUGAAUUUAAAAUCUUUUUUAAAAUUUAAAUUUUUUUAUUAUGAACUCUUAUCAUCAACAAAUACAUUCAAACAAAGACCAGCAAAAAAGAUUGUAUACAAACCCAUGAAUUUCUGCUAUAUACAGUUUUUUAAAAGUAAAAAUUAAAUUUAAUACAAUAGUAGCAACAUUCUUCUGUUUAUUUCUGUCUUCCUGCUAAAAAUAUUUUUCUGCUUUUAAAUGUUUUGAUUUCUGUUUAAAUCUCUGCCACUUCUUACUAACUCACACCAUUAUACUGUUCCUUUAAAAGUAAUGAAUAUAGUCAGACAAAAUAAACCAAUACAUUGGCUAUGUCUGAAAAUUUAUGCCUUAUUCCUUAUCCUUCUGCUGAGAAACAGGGAACAUACUUUUUACCAUUAGUCUUUUGGUGACCAUACUGCUAUGAUCAGAAUUCUGAAGACUUUCAAAGUUUUUUCUUUACAUUGUUGUAAUUAUUACAUAAAUUAUACUUCUGGUUCUGCUUAUUUGCUCCGAAUCAGUUGUUUUGUUUUCCCAAGUUUCACUGAAUUCUUUAUAUUUAUCCUUUCUUAUGGUAUAUUGAUAUAUGACCAAUUGUACUAUUUCCCAGUUGAUCAGUACCCUUGUUUCUCAUUCUUAGCCAUAAUAAAACUGCUGCUAUAAAAAUC